CCCUAGGGCUUUCUUCACAAAAAAGAAGAAGAAAAGUUCCGCAACACGCCGCCACCGUCGAGCCUCUGCAGCCCACCAUGGCCGCCGCCUACCGCCGUCUCAUCCUCCUCCGCCGCCUCCCCCACCUGCAGCUCGAGCCCACACCGGCCACUCACCACCUCUCCCCAACCUCAGCCUCCGGCGCAGCCGCCGCGCUGUUCACGCCGUCGCGUCCCUUCGCCGUCUCCUCCGCCGCCGAGCGCGUCGAGCCACCGCUCGGCGUCUUCCGAUUGGGUUUUACAAGUGACGGUAACUUCAAUCAUAAUUGGCAUCACAAGUUGACUUCGACAGUUGGUGCUGUACUGAUAGGACAAGCAGCCUUUUUUCUUAGUCUGAGCAACGGCUCUGCACUCGCUCAGGAAGACUCAUUUAGUCUAGCAGCUACAACAAGUGAGCAAGCUGAGGGAGAUACUACUGGUCUACAACGGAUUGAAGAUGGCUCAGUGAUCUCAAACGAACACACAGUCAAAUGGAGAAUAUUCACUGAUAAUGCGCGGGAUUUUUUCCUGAAAAGACAAUUGGAUGAAGCUGAGAAGUUAUUCCAGGCAGCUCUACACGAAGCCAAAGAAGGAUUUGGACUGAGAGAUCCACAUGUCGCAUCGGCCCUUAACAAUCUGGCAGAGUUUUAUAGGUUAAGGAAAGAGUAUGAGAAAGCUGAACAACUAUAUCUGGAAGCAAUUGAGAUCCUGGAGGAAUCAUUUGGAUCUGAUGAUAUAAGGCACAUUACAGGCUCCUUUCUUUUUUUUUUCCCUCCAUUAUUGUACAAAGUUUCAGUUCAUUUUAGAAAAGCAAUGGUUGGAACAGCUUUGCAUAGUCUUGGAAUAUGCUAUCAUCUUCAACACAAGUUUGCUCAAGCCCAGACAUGUUAUGAGCGCGCUCUGAAGAUAGAAGGACGUGUAAUGGGGGCUGGUCACCCAGAAUAUGCAAGUACAAUGUACCUUCUAGCCAAGGUGCUAAAUCUUCAAGGAAAAAGAAAAGAUGCUGAAUUUCUUACUGAAGAGUCUAUUAGGAUACUGGAGGAAUCUGGGCUUGGUGAGUCACCAACAUGUAUACAGAGAAUGAGGUAUCUCUCUACGGAAUUGAUAAAAUCAAACCGACUUGCUGAAGCCGAAAACUGGCAAAGGAAGAUAUCACAUGCUCUGGAGCUUUCAAAGGGAUGGGAUUCAUUGGAUACUGCAUAUGCAGCUGAACUCUUAAGUUUAACUCUUCAAGCCAUGGGGAAGUUGAAGGAAUCAGAAGAACUAUUGGAAAGAUGCCUUGCAGUCAGGAAAAAGAUUCUGUCUGAAGAUAAUUUUCAGGUAGCCGCUACAUUAGUACACUUGGCAAGGUUAACAUUGCAGAAAUUUACUAGUGAUCUGAAGAAUGUAAACAGUGAUGUAGCUACAUAUUACCUUGCUAGGGCAAAACAGCUCAUCAAUGAUUCAAUCAGGAUCACAGAAGGAAUAUUAAGUUCUUCAAGUAAAGACCUGAACAAAUUCAACAGCACAUCUACUACAGAUAGAGAUAAGAUUGCAGCAACAGCUAUUCUUUUGCAAGCACUUGAUGUUGUUGGACUUACUGAAAUCGGAACGAAUAUGCUAGCACCAGGGGAGCAAGAUUAUAGACCUAUUGAACAAGCUCUGAAUAAGUGUAUUUCACUUUACAAACAGCCUCAUACACGGAGCAUAGUGUCAAAGGGUGUCAAGCAGGACUACCUUAGAUGCCUGAAGAGGCUCACCGAUAUAGUUGAGAGCAAUUAUGUCGUAUCGCAAACAAUGAAGUUGCAGGAGUUGCUUGGUGAAGCGCAGCAAAUAAUGGAAGAACUGGGAGAAGAGAGUAAUAGGAAGAAGUAAUCCGUGAUAUGUAGGAAGUAGGAACGGCCAUGUUAUGGACAAAGUCUUUUCUGGCCAUAUGGAAAUCAGAUUGGAUGCCGGUAUCAAUGUUUUGAUGUUCUCCAGAUAUAUCCAGCACUGGCACACAUUCCCAAGAUUGCUAUCCGUGCGGAUGCCGUUGCGGGACUCUGCCAUGAAAGGGUUGCGCCUCCCACGUCCAACUUGCUCGAGCUCACCGGCAUGUAAAUUAUCUAACCUAAAAUAAAGAUUUGAAGAGAUAAUCACUUGCCCAGUGAUACGCAUACCACGUAGCCUUUAUCCAUCCUAUGGGACUUCGGAAAGAGGAGAAAUGUACAAAGGAAAUUACCUUUUGAUUAGUUCGCUAGAUAAAUUUCUUUGCAGUUUGUACACUUUGUAAACUUUCAUGUUCUUUAUUUCUAAACGGGAUGGUUGAUUUUAGGACGAAUCCUGCUGAGAUCACCGACAUUCAGUCAUUCCAGAAGGCACAUUAUAUUAUUAUUAUUUCAUUUUGAG